AUGUAUUCAACAAAGCAUUCUGAUACGUCGUCGUUUCACCAGCCUCUCAUACCUGACCCUCAGUCACAAUCCCAACACCAAGAACCGCCAUACGUCGUCGUAUUGACCUACCAACCACCGCACACCCGCCGUCUUCUCAGUAAAUCCUGUCGUCGCUGUCUAAUCUGCUUUGCCACUGUAUUGCCCUUCCUCGCCGCCGCCGCCUACCUCCUCUGGCCCUCCGACCCGGGCCUCUCUAUCGUCCGCCUCCGCCUCGAUCGCCUCCACUUUCAUACCCGCCCCAAAAUCUCACUCGACAUCACCCUAGACAGCACCAUUAAGGUCCGGAACAGAGACUUCUACUCUAUUGACUAUGAUUCCUUACUCGUUGCGAUUGACUACCGGGGGAAGCGAUUGGGAUCUGCUGUGUCGGAUGGUGGCCACAUCAAGGCCCGUGGAACGUCGUACAUCAACACCACGCUCGUUCUCGACGGAGUGGAGAUAUUGAGCGAUGUGAUUCUGUUGCUGGAGGAUUUGGCUAAGGGUGCGAUCCCGUUUGAUACGACGUCGCAGAUUAGUGGGAAGAUCGGUGUUUUCUUUUUCGACCUACCUCUAAAGGCAAAAAUAUGGUGCGAAGUCAUUGUAAAUACACGCAACCAAACAAUUGCCCGACAAAGUUGCUACCCGAAGGUUUCUGAAGGGAGCUAG